AUGUCGCGGGAAGGUGAAGUCCGCUCCGGGGCGCAGGAGUUCGAGAGAGGACGUAUCCGACAGCUUCAAGUGGAACGACUCCAUAUCCAAAAGAAGACCUUCACAAAAUGGAUGAACUCGUACCUCUCCAGGGCUCGAAUGGAAGUGGACGACCUAUUCACAGACCUCUCCGACGGUCGGAAGUUGCUGAAACUCUUGGAGAUCAUUUCCGGAGAGAGGCUUGGGAAACCAAACAACGGCAAGAUGCGAGUCCACAAGAUCGAGAAUGUCAACAAAGCUUUGACGUUUCUGCACACAAAGGUCCGACUCGAAUCGAUCGGUGCGGAGGACAUCGUGGACGGUAAUCGGCGCUUGAUCCUAGGUCUCAUCUGGACAAUAAUUCUUCGCUUCGUCAUCCAUGAGAUCGAUCCCAUCCAGAUCGGCAAUGACGAGAAGAAUUCUGAGAAGAAAUCCGCCAAGGAGGCCCUGCUUCUAUGGUGCCAACGCAAAACUCGUGGGUAUCCCGGAGUUCAUAUCAGUGACUUCAGCACAUCCUGGAGGAAUGGCUUGGGUUUCAACGCUCUCAUCCACUCGCAUCGGCCGGACCUCAUCCAAUACGAGGACCUCGAGCCUCAGAACCAUAUUGAGAACCUGAACCAUGCGUUCGAAGUCGCGCAUAGAGAGCUCGGUGUGGCGAAAUUGCUAGACGCUGAAGAUGUCGACGUUCCGAAACCGGAUGAGAGGUCCGUUCUCACCUAUGUUGCAUCCUACUAUCACACCUUUUUCCGGAUGAAGGAGGAACUCACCGGUGGGCGCCGAAUCGCCAAUAUCGUCGGACGUAUGCUUGAGGUUGACAGACAAAAGCAAACCUAUGAGCAAAUGAUGUCAGAGCUCCUCGCCUGGAUUCAACAGAAAGUCGUGCAGCUCGACAAGAGGGAAUAUCCCAACUCGGUGGAGGGCGUGCAGAACGAACUAUCCCAGUUCAAAGAAUACCGAACCGUCGAGAAACCCCCGAGAUACACUGAGCGAGCCGAGAUCGAGGCUCAUCUCUUCGCCAUACAGACGAAGCUCAAAGCUUUAGGUCAACCGCUCUACACUCCUCCCGAGGGUAAACAUGUCGGGGACAUCGAAAAAGCUUGGGAGUCUCUCGAAGGGGCUGAACACCGUCGUGAGGUGUCGCUCAAGGAGGAACUGAUCCGUCAGAAGAGAUUGGAGACAAUGGCGCACAGAUUCAUGAACAAAUCCAACGUCCGAGAAAAUUAUCUCGAAGACAUGAUCGACGUCCUGAGCGACCCUCGUUACGGUUCCAACGUCCAACAGAAAGUUGAAGCUACGCUGAUGAAGCACGAAGCGAUCAGCGCUGAUAUCAUAGCCAGGAAGGAUCGCUUCGAGAAUCUCUCAGCCAUGAGCGAUGAACUCACAAACGAAAAUUAUCAUAACGUUAAAGCGAUCCGGGAUCGACACGAUGAGAUCAUUGUGAAAUGGAAUAAGUUGCUCGCUCUGCUGGAGAAGCAUCGCGACACCCUCAAUUCUUACGCUCUGCUCACGGCGGCUUUGAGGGACAUCGACCACCUGUACGAGAACCUCAGAGAUUUCCUCAGACAGUUCGGAUCCACCGAAACGGGGAAGCAUCUUAUGGAUAAUGAAGAUCUACUUCAGAAGCAUGCCAUCGCCACAUCGCAACUCAAAUCACAGAAAGACACCUUCGGCAGAUUGUCGAAACAAAUAAAUCAGCUACUUAAUGAGGGUCACGGUGAUAAGAAGUUGCUGCAAGAGAAACUCGGUGAACUCGGAAGUCUGUUCUCUCAAGCUGAGGUAGCCGCGAAAGCGAGAAUGGCUCGCUUGGAGGCGUCGAGAGACUUGUUCCGAUUCGUCGCUGAAUGCGAAGAGCUCGAGAGGGAGAUCAUUGACAAGCAACGAUCCUGCCAGAACUUCAAACCCGGGCGGGACAUGGUGUCGCUUGUGUCCGUCCAGCAGAAGCACAAGGCCCUCGAAGGUGAAAUGAAAGCGACGCAGAAGAGAUUCCGAGGCAUCGGAACCAUCGGCAAGGAACUCAGCGCGAAAAUGGGCAACUCGGAGAGCGAUCAGAUCGGGAAAAUUCUGAAGGAUAUCGAGGCUCAGCUCGAUUUAUUGAAUAAGUUAUGCGAAGAGAAGCGACGGAAACUAGACGAUGCCAUCGAAGGCUUCCGCUACAUGGGAGACGCGAACGAGGCCGAGAGUUACCUCCGAGAGGUUCAACCGCUUGUGGCAUCCGAAGACUUUGGAAACUCGGUUCUCUCUGCACAAUCUCUCCUGAAGAGACAUCAAACACUCCGUGGUGGAAUCAAGGCUUAUGAGCCGGAAAUUGAAAAAUUGAGAGCUCAUGUCGACCGCAUGGUGAAAACCGGUGUCGCGCGCAACCUCAUGGACCAAAAACAGGACGAUGAUAUAGAGUUGGUCGAAGAGGUUUAUCAGAUGGUUGUGAUGCGUGAUGUCAUCGAGGAGCACAUCGAACGACGCGAAGAGCCCCAAGUUCUCAUGAUGUACCCUUACGAGGGACAGGGCAUGCAGGUCCCCAGGGGAGAGGAGCUGACUCUACUCAAUAAAACGAACGAAGAUUGGUGGAGUAUCCGGAGGACGAACGGUCAGACAGGUUUCGUACCCGCUAACUACGUUAAGGAGAUAAAGCCCAAGGUCGUCGAGAAGGCCGUUCGGAAAGUUGUCCCUGUGCAAGAGACACGACCCGUCAAGAAACAAGUGAAGAAAGUCAGACCGAGAUCAACCACCUCCGACAUGGGCGUCGAGUCGAGGCAGAACAACAUAGAGGAGAUGUACCGGAACGUUUGCGACCUCGCCGCCAAAAGAGAGGAACUCCUGCACGAUGCCAUCAAUAUACUGGACUUCUUCGAUAGAUGCGACGACUUCGAACAAUGGAUGAGACAGAAGUCCAUGGCGAUCCAGAAAGAAGAUCCCACCGAAACCGUCCAAGACAAGAAGAAGAAGUUCGAGAGCUUCGUGACCGACAUCUCAGCAUCGAAAACGCGCCUGAAUGAGAUCGAAGACCUCGAGAAAGAUUUCGCCAAGCAGAGACACCCUCAACUGGCCGACAUCCGACGACGGAACAAGAAAGUCAAGGACAUGUUCAACGAGAUGAACGCCAUCAAGUCUCGUCUCGAAAAGUCUCUGGACGGCGCUUCGUCAGUCGAAGUUUUCUAUCGCACGGUCGACGAGGCAAAGGACUGGAUGAGCGAGAAGAUUGAGAAAAUGGAUUCUGAACUGCCACUCGGAUCCGACAUGAAAACCGUCCAGGCCCUACAGAGGCGACAUGAGAAUCUCGAGCGUGAGUUGAUGCCUCUGAAACAGAAGGUCAACACCGUCGUACACAUGGCGGACGCUGUAGCUGCGCAGUACCCAAAUGAGCGCAAGGGAGCCGAAGCCAAGAAAGUCGAAGUCACCAACAUGUGGCAGGAAGUUUGUGAAGCUGCUCAGAAACGUCGCGCCAACCUCGAGGCUUCGCUCGGGGCCCAAGUAUUGAAGAACUCCGCCGAUGAGCUGCUCAACUGGAUCGCUGAAGUCAAAGAGCAAUUGAACCGGCACGAGAAAGCGAGUGACGUGAGCACAGCGGAAACCCUUCUCAAACACCAUGAGGAUCUUCUGCCGGACAUCCAGGCGCACGAACCCGGCUACAAAGAUCUCUAUGAGCUCGGGAGAAAGCUCGUCGAUACCAAUCCCUCCGUGGUCCCGAUACUGGAACGACUGAAGGAAGAGCAGGACGCCAUAAAAAGAGGCUACUUCGAGAAACUAUCGCAUCUGAAACAGUCGCUGGACUACCAGAUCUUCACAAAAGAGGCCAACCAGAUCGAUUCCAUCACGGCGUCGCAUAUGAACGUCUUGAAGAACUUCGCGGUCGGUGACUCCUUGGACGAAGUCGAGAACCUUCUCAAACGACACGACAACCUCAUCAACACGCUGCUGAAGCAGGAUGAGAAAGUCCGCGAGCUGAGCGACAUCGCCGACAAGCUCGCUCAAGCCAAUCAUUACAAGACGAAGAAGAUUCUCGAGGACCGGGACGGAAUCGUCGACCGUCGCAAGAAAUGCAAAGAGGAGGCGUACAUCGUCCGACAGAAGCUGCUCGACAGCCACAGUUUCCAGAGAUUCAAGGCUGACGCCGAGGACAUGUUCAGUUGGAUAGCCGCGAAGAAGAAGAUGGCCGGAGACGAUAGCUACAAAGAUCUCAGUAAUCUGCAGCGGAAACUGAAGAAGCACGAGGCGUUCCAGGCCGAACUCAGGGUCAACCAGGAGCGCGUUUCGAACCUGAAUAGAGUGGGCAAGGAGCUCAUCAGCAACAAUCAUUUCGCCGCCCCGGAUAUCGAGGCCAUCCUCAGCCGUUUGAACGACGAGUGGGCGACGCUCCAUCGGCUCAGCGAGGACAAAGGCGACAAGCUGAGUCAAGCGAACCGUCAGAAAACUUACUACCGAGACUUGGACGAGGCUCAGAGCAGACUGGAUGACCUCGAACGCAGGCUACAGACGACAGAUAUCGGCUACGAUCUGCGCUCUGCCAAGGACCUUCUGGCGAAACAACAGGCCAUCGAGAACGAUAUCACUGCGGCUGAGGCCAAAAUCGAAGAACUCGCGUCGCAAGGCGGAAUCCUCUCGCGAGAAGGCCACUUCGACGGGAAGAAUAUCGAGUCCGCCGCCGACUUGGUGAAGGCGAAGCUGGAAAGCCUCAAGAAACCUGCCGAGGCGCGCCGUGGAUAUCUCAAGGAGUCCGUUCAAUUGCACCAGUGCAAAUUCGAUCUCGACAGCGAGGAGAAAUGGAUCCAGGAACAUAUUCCGGCUCAGAACGCGAAAGCCGAACAGAGUAACUCGCUUAUCGACGCUCAGAACGCGAUGAAGAAACACGAAAAGCUAUCCCGUGAGGUUCAAGCCCAUCAACCGCUCCUCGAAAAAUUCCUGCAGUGUUCGAAGGACAUCGAGAACAACCAAGGCGCUGGCGAUAAUCUCGCGACCAAAGCAGCCAUAGCACCGGAUGAUGCAGUCGACUCUGGAUCUUCCAAGAAGGCUACCUGGCCGGAUCUUCUUAAGAAACUCACUCAAGCCGUGGGCGACAAGCGCAAUGCAGUCGAGGACGCCUGGGAGCGACUCCAGAAGGAGCUUAAACGUAGGAAAGCAGCUCUCGAAUCAUCGCUCCGAGCUCAACAAUUCUACACCGACGUCAAUGAGAUCGAGCAAUGGAUCAACGAGAAGAGCAACUACCUAAACUCGGCCGAUUACGGCCGAGACGACGAUACCGCUGUGAAGCUUCUGACCAAGCACAACGCUUUCGAGCUAGAGCUGGAUAGUUACGUUGGACUCAUUAACGAAAUGAGUUCCGAAGCGAAAAAAAUGGUCGACUCGCAACAUCCCGAGGCCAAGACCAUCGCCAACAAGAACGCUACUCUACAGCAGCAGAUCAAGAACCUGCAGAAACUGUCUGCCGUCCGCCGCCAGAUGCUUCUCGAGUCGAAAACGCAUCACGAAUUCCUCCGCGAAUAUCAGGAAAUUCUCGAUUGGAUCGCAGAGAAGAUGGUUCUGGUAUCCAUCGAGGACUACGGUCCAGAUCUCGAGCAUCUCCAGGAACUCCAAGCCAAAUUCAACCAGGUCUCGAUUUCUGUCCAAGCCGGUGAGGAGAGGUACCUCCAGUUCCUCGAGCUCGCGAAGAAAACUGCUGAUAACGACGGGUCGAAUUCGGUUGUUGCACGAGAGAUGGCCACGGAAGUGUCGACCGAGUGGGACAAUCUCCAAGACGCCAUUGAAAUCCGUCGAGAUAAGCUCGACGGUGCCGGAAGGAUCCAUGCCUUCAACCGAGACGUCGAGGAGGCUCUGAGCGAGAUUCUCGCGAAGUUCGCCAGCAUCCCUGAAGAUGUGGGCAGAGACGUCAAAAGCACCCAGGACCUGCAGAAGAAGCACGACAAACUGCAGAAUGAGCUGACGCUGCUCGAAAAACAUCUGCAACAUCUGCUGGACCAGGCGGAUCAGCUGAAGAGUGAAUACCAUGGCGCAAACACCAGCCACAUCCAACAGAAACAAGAGCACAUCGUUCAGGAAUGGAAUCGUCUCAAGACCGUGGUCGAGGACCGGCAUCAGAAACUGAACGACAGCCUCCGACUCCACAAGUUCCUCAUGGCCUGCCGCAACUUCGAAGAUUGGGCGAAUCAAAUCUGUGUGUCGCUGGCCGCCCGAGAGAACCCGCGAGGCUACGAACAGGUCGAGGCGCUCAAAGCCGAACACCAGAACAUCCGAGGCGAGAUCCAGGCCCAGGAGACGAACUUCGACAUUUUGGUCGCACACGGCACGAAAAUGAAGGAUUCAAAACAUUUCGCCGCGGACGAGAUCCUGAAACGGGUCAAGAGUCUCCAGGCCACCCACGACAAGCUCUACAAACUCUUCGAGCAACGAACCUCCUUCCUCAAGCAGCUGCUGGAUCGCAGCUUCUUCCUGCGUGAGGUGAAGCAAUGCGAGACCAUGUGCGCGCAACAGGAGGCCCAGCUGGCGAGCAACGAGCCCGGAUCGAGUGUCGACGAGAUCAAGCACGCCCUCAAAAAACACGAGGCGUUCGAGCGGGUCCUGCAAAGCCAGGAGGAGAAGAUACAAGUCAUGAAAGAUCACGCCCAAGCUCUCAUCAAACAGAGCCAUUUCGACAGUCCGCUUAUCGGGGAGAAGUUGAACGAAGUUCUCGAGAGACGUCAGAAGGUCGUCGACGGCGCGAACAUCAAACGCAGGGAGCUAUUGCGGCUUCUGCACCUCGCCGAGUUCCUUUUCGAAGCGAGCGAGGCCCAGUCCGGGAUCGAAAACCGAAGGAAACAGCUCGAUAACGAAAUCGAAGCCUCGAAGGGCAAGGGAAGUCUAGACGAGAAAAUGAAGCAACUCAAGAAACAUCAGACCUUCGAAGCCGAACUUGCGGCGAGCCGGUGCACGAUCGAUGCGCUCCAGGGCAAGGGCCAGAAGCUCAUCCAACAGGGUCACCGUAACGAGGUCGCCGCCCCUCUUGACAAACUCCUCAAGUCGUGGCACCAGCUCGUCCAGAUACUGAAGGAGAGAGGAAUCGGUCUCGAGGAAGCUCAGGACAUCCUCGAGUUCAACAAUCAAUGCGAUCAGGUCGAGUCCUGGAUCCGGGACAAAGGCAUCAUGAUCCAGGCGAGCGAUACCGGCGUGGAUCUCGAGCACUGCACAAUCCUUCAGCGGAAGCUCGACGACGUUGGUUCUGACAUGAGGGUCGAUGGGACUCGGAUCCAGAAGAUCAACUCACUGGCUGACAAGCUGAUUGCUAGCGGCCACAGCGGCAAAGAAGCGACUCAGGUCAUCGAGCGUCGUAGGAACGAUAUCAACGACAACUGGAAGAAGCUCCAGGGCGCUCUCGACGAGUACCGGCUUAAACUCAAGGCGGCGAUGAGCGUCCACUCCUACAUGAGAGAUCUCUCCGAUACCUUGGACCGAAUCAAGGAGAAGAAGGGACUCCUCAGCGCUGAGGAGAACCUCGCAAACCUGGCCGCCGUGGAAUCUCUGCAGCGGAAACAGGAUGCGGUCGAACGCGAGAUCGAGGAAACAAUCUCCAAGAAGAUCAAAGACCACGACGCCAAAUUGGAACAGCUUCUGAGGAGCGAGGUCGCACCCUGCAACACGGCAAUCCAGCCGAAAAUCGAUGAGAUCCACACCCACUGGGAUGAGUUGCGCAACUUGACUCUGAAGAAGCGUUCGGUGCUCGAAGACGUCAAUCAGGUGCACAGAUUCCUAAACGAGGUUAAAUCCCUCACCAAAUGGCACGAAGACAUGAAAGCCGACCUCCAGGCUCAGGAACUCGCUCAGACCACGGCCGAAGCGGAACAGUUGGUCGCCUUGCACGAUGAGCGACGCUCUCACAUGGAUUCGAAACGCGAAACCGCCGAAAAGAUUCUCGCCGACGGUAACGAUCUACUGGAGCUUUCGAGGUCCGGGACCUCUCGCCGGAGCGAAGCUCUCGACGAGCAGAUCGAGCGUAGCAUCGAGAAGGUCCGGCACGCCAUUGAUGAUCUCGAGCAGUGUUGGCAAGCGCGCGGGCUCGCCGUGGUCGAGAACAAGCAGAUGCUUCACUUUAGGGAACUCGCUGCUCAGACCGAGUCCUGGCUGCUGACGUGUGAGGGAUUCCUCAACAACGAAGACAUCGGGGACUCGAUGGCGAGCGUGCGGGCUCUACUCGCCAAGCACAGCGAUUUCGUGAACACUCUCCAGGCACAGGGAGAUCGUGUCGAUCAUUUGGGGAAGUUCGUCGAAGAACUCGUCAACGCUGGACAUCGGGAUCGGAGCCAGAUCGAGAGCACUUUCGGUCAAUUGGUCAAACGACGUGACCGAAUGCGACAGCGGCUGACCGACAGAGCGAAGCAGCUCGAGGCGUCGAAGGUACUGCAAGCUUUCCUGCGGAACGUCUACGAGGCGGAAGCAUGGAUCAACGAGAAAAUGCAGGUCGCCUUGGAUGAGAACUAUAAAGACUUCACGAACCUGCUGUCCAAGGUCAAGAAGCACACGGCAUUCGAAGCUGAGAUUAUCGCCAAUCAGAGCCGCGUGGACAACGUCGUCGAAGAGGGCGAGCAGAUCGCUGCGGCGAAACAUUUCGCCAGCCAGCAGAUCAAGAUCCAGGUGGAGAGGAUUCAGGAGCUCUGGCAAGAUCUUCUAAAGGAGGUCUCGGUCAAGAAGACUCGACUCAAUGAUUCCUAUCAAUGUCUGCUCUUCAAUUGGAUCGUCGAAGACUGCGAGAAUUUCAUUCGUGAAGUCGAGAUCCAGCUUAGCUCCGAAGACCAUGGACGAGACCUGACCUCGGUGGAGAUCCUCCUCAAGAAGCACCAGCAGCUCGAAACUCAGGUUCAUAAUUAUUCUGAGACUAUUGAGCGAGUGAAACAGCAGAGAGAUACUCUAAUCGCGAACGACAGCUACCUCGCGGACGAGAUCGAAGACCGCACGAAGGCGAUUGUGAAGAAAUACGACGAGCUCACCGAGCCCAUGCAGACCCGACGCGAGAACUUGGACGAGUCGCUCUUGCUCCACCAGUUCAUCGAUGACGUUGAGGAAGAAUUGGCCUGGAUCCAGCUGCGUCUGAGCAAUGCUACGAGCAACGAUCUCGGCGAAAGUCUGAACGCGGUUCAGUUGCUCUUGAAGAAGCACCGCAACCUCGAGAACGAACUCCAAACGCACGAGUCGAUCGUGUCCAGCGUUUGCGAUAAGGGAGACCAGUUGAUCCGCUCGAAACAUCUCAAUUCCGAGCUGAUCGCCGCCAAAAUGGAUCAGCUCCGGAGCGCGUGGAAUUCCCUCCGCGACGCGUGUGGCGUCCGACGACUGCGUCUCGAAGACAGCGAAGCCAGUCAGGCUCUGUUGGCGGACGCGGCGGAAGUCGAAGGAUGGAUCAAGGAGCGUCUCACGGCGAUGUCCAGCUGCGAUCAGCCCAAAGACGAAAACUCAUGUGCCAAAGCCGAGAAGAAAGUCGAUAUGGUUCUCCGAGACGCCGAGAACUUCAAGCAGCUCGUCGAGAAACUUCUCGAGGGGGCUCAGAGCCUCAUCGAGAAGAAUCACUUCGACUCGACCAACAUCCAAGAGCGUAUGGCCAACGUGCAACAGCUGUGGAAAAGCCUCCUCGAGGACAUAAGCAAUAAGCAGCAGCGGCUCGCCGCGAGCUUCGGCUACUUUGUGUUCCUAAGACAGGUCGACGAUGUCAUGGAAUGGAUCGGACAGCAGAUGCUGAUCGCUUCCUCAGACGAUUACGGGAACGACGCUGAGCGGGUCGAUAUGCUGAUCAAGCAGUUCGACGCCUUCAUGAGCGGUCUCGGCUCCACGGAAAAUCGCGUCGUGCAAAUUGUGCAGACGGCCCAUAAACUCAUCAGUGAGAAACAUAAAGACUCGGCCGCCAUCCAGAAAAGCUCGGAGAAAGUCAGCAAGGCUUACAGCGACCUAAAGGAGUGCGCCGAACAGCGCAAGGACGCUCUGGUGGGCGCUAAGCAAGUUCACACGUUCGGCAAGAACGCCGACGAGCUCAUCGAUUGGAUGGUUGAGAAGGACGCCGUCAUCUUCGCCGACGAGUGCGGCCACGACCUCGAGACCAUCCAGUCAAACGCGCGUCUACACGAUGGAUUCGAGCGCGACGUAUUGGCCAUCAAGAAACAGGUCGAUCAGACUCAAGCCGAGGGCAAGCGCCUCUGGGAUAUGUUCCCCGAUGCUAGGGAGCAUCUUCAGAACAAACGCGACGAGGUUCAGGGUAUCUUCGACAAACUUCAAGAGCGCUGUCAGGAACGCAAGGAGCGGCUCGCUCAAGCCGAGCAGGUGCAAACCUACUUCGACGAGUACAGUCAGCUGAUGGCUUGGACCAAUGAAAUGAUGGCCAUCAUCACCGCCGACGAUCUACCCACCGACGUCGGUGGCGCCGAAAAUCUCAUCGUCCGCCACACCGAGAACUACAAAGCCAUAGAAGCCAAGAGACCGGCCUUCAACCGCUUCCAGGAGGACGGGAAGAAUCUGAUCAAGAACGGACACUUCAUGUCCGAGGACGUUCAGGAGAAAAUGGCGAGACUCGCCAACUUCAGGAGCUUGCUCGAGAAAACGUGGGAUCGAAGGAAGACCGUCUACGAGCAGAACCUCGACGUCCGGAAGUUCCUGCGUGAUGCCGAGCAGCUGAACGCCUGGUUGACGAGCCAAGAGCCCUCAUUGAUGGACUCCAAUGUGGGCGAUUCGUUGGAAACCGUUCAAGACCUCAUAAAAAAACACGAAGACCUCACAAAAGUUAUCAUGUCGCACGAGGAUAAGUUCAAAGUUCUCGAAAGACGGACGCUCCUGGAGCAGGACUUCGUCCGCCUCAAGGAACAAGAAGAUCGAGACCGGAUCGCUGAACAAGAGAAUCGUGAACGCGAACGGAUGGAGCAAUUCCGCCAGAAAGCACAGAGGAACAUCUUCCAGAAGAAGUACCACGAAUACCUCUCGCCAGUGGAUGACGAACGCGGUCUGCGCUCGGGUCUGAGUAGGACGUCGUCUCAGAGGAGCAUGGAGAGUGAACGUAUCGGUCUCCGUAGAACGGAAAGCAUGACCACCGGAAGUCGUGGUCAAGUUAUCAGAAGGACGAGCUUCGGGACCCGACGCAAAACCACGAAUAUCACAACUGUCCCCGAGAGGAACCGUGAGCCGCCUCCGAGCGAUAUCGAAGGAUUCCUAGACAGGAAGCAUCAACUCCAGGUGGGAGGUAAACGAGCACCGGUCAGAAGCUGGAAACAGUAUUAUACGGUUCUUUGCGGCCACGUGUUGGCCUUCUUCAAGGACCAGCAAGCCCUCAACGACAAGAGUACAGCAACAGCGCCAAUAAUGCUCGUAAAUGCUCGAGUGGAGAAGGCUUCUGACUACACCAAACGGAAGCACGUCUUCCGACUGACUCUGAAUGACGGAACCCAGUUCCUUUUCGGAGCUCAGAACGAAGAUAAACUGGACGAAUGGGUGAAGAAAAUCGAGUUCCAUGCUUCGCUCCAUCCAUCGCAGCAAUUGACUCAAUACCCCAAAGGCUUCCGGAAUCCCCUCGAGACCACCUUCGAGCACGUCAGCGGCAGCGAACGGAGUACGCCCACGAACUUCGACUCGAAGCUGAAUUCGUCGAUGGGGAGCGUGAGCCCCACACCCACCAUUCCCGAGAGCGUGGACGGGAACGGCAGUCCGGGAAGCGUUCAAGAGAAAAUUCAGAUGUUCCAACAACACUCCGACACGGGUGAGUUCCUGCGCCCGGUCUUCACCAAUCUCAGCAAGGAACCCGUCUACGGAAACGUGGGCAUGGGCUACGACACCGACCGUAACUCAAAUUUGAGCCGAACCGCAUCCCUUCCUCCUGGCGCAGCUCCCGGUUACAGCUACAACUCCGGGUUUUCCACGAUGCGGCCCGAGCGAUCGGACUCGAUCGUUUCGUCAGACGCUCAAUCAGUGAGCUCCGCGUCGCAUAAGGAUUCCAAGAAACGAGGAAUGUUCAGCGGCCUAUUCCGUAAAAACAGCAGUCAUAUUAGCCACAAUAGCAGCAAUAACAACAACAGCAGCAGCAGCAACAAUCAUCAGUGAAUGAAUGUUUACAGUCGAGUGCCAUCAUUGAAAGAAACGUUGAUCCUGGUUGGUUAUCAAUUUUAAUGUUUAGCGAAGACUUACGCGUCCAGGAAAACAGAUCGGGGGCGAUGAAGGGGGGCUUUGCGCCAGCCAUCAAUAACUUUUUCGAUAUCCCCGCGAAUAGAGAGUUUUAGGCAUGAGUAGGUAUGAAGAUUCCCCGAUGGUCAUAAAUGAGCGCAAAUUAUAGAAUACGAAUAUUCAUACAUACAGUAAAUCGAACUCGCAACGGGUACUGAGCCGGAAACGUGGUACAUACAUUUAAAUGUUGUCGAAACAACUUU